UGAGUGGGUGAGAGAGAGAGAGAGUUGGAAUCGUGCUGGCUGGAGACGGUGGUUAUUAGGGUGCUGCUGUUUACAGCGCAACGGAAGUAGUUUUAUUUUUCCUUGAUGCUUCUUUAUAAUCUGGGCAACAACAUGAAUUUUAAGCCGAGUCGCGAUAGACUUUAUACAACACGAUGCUGUGGAUGCUGCCAUGUCCGGACGGGGACCAUUAUUCUGGGCACUUGGUACAUGGUCGUGAACCUAUUGAUGGGAAUAUUGCUGACGGUGGCGGUCACUCAUCCUGAGAACGUGCCCUCAGUCGACUUGCAGUACGAGGUCAUUGAGCAUUACUUCGCCUCGGACAGAAUGUCAGAAAAUGCUUGCGUGGGAUUCGCCAUCUCGCUCCUGAUGCUCACAAUCAGUGCCAUGAUGGUGUACGGCGCCAUUACUCACCGUGAUGGCUGGCUCAUCCCAUUCUUCUGCUAUCAGCUGUUUGACUUCGCUCUGAGCUGCCUGGUGGCCAUCAGCUCCCUCACCUACCUGCCCAGGAUCAAGGAUUACCUGGAUCAGCUGCCGGACUUCCCAUACAAAGACAAUCUUCUCUCUCUGGACUCCAGCUGCCUUCUGCUUUUUGUGCUCAUCUUCUUCGCUCUCCUCAUCAUCCUGAAGGCUUAUUUGAUCAACUGCGUGUGGAACUGCUACAAAUACAUCAACAAUAGAAACAUGCCAGAGAUCGCUGUGUAUCCUGCUUUUGAGACUCCGCCUCAGUACAUCCUGCCCACCUACGAAAUGGCCAUGACGAUGCCAGCGAAGGAGCCUCCGCCCCCCUACAUGCCCGCCUGAAACCCCCGCCCUUCUCUCUCUCUCUCUCUCUCUGAUUACGUCACUGCAGAUGUUGUCCUUGGUUUUUUUUCUGACUGAUUGAUCGCACUCUUCACGCUGUAGAACGGAGGGUGUUCCAAUUCCCCACCACCAUCACUUCAAAGCUCUGCAUUAUUGCAUAGACUUAACCAUUGCCAUCAUCCGCAUGACUCUCAUCAACAUGUCGCAACAGAUCUAUUUUUGUAAACGAAUCGUAAACGGGCGCCGCAAGUGGGUUUCACGGGGGAAAAGGGUCGUUCCCUGGUGAGGGGAGUUUGGUUUGCAGUGUUGGAGCCACAUUGUGAGCUGGGUCGCAUGGUGACUUGUGCUUCUGACAGCUUUUUGUAUAGUUUAUUCAUAGUGAACCAUUUUAACGAAACAUUUCUACUUAGGUGACGUAGAUCAUCUGCCAGCGGGCACCGCACAUGAAGCAGUGUAAGCUUUCACUUUUCACGCUUUUCCUCUUGUUUUUAAUGCUUUUUGGAAGAGGUGAUGUGAAAGCUUUUAUUUUUGUUGUUUUGCUUUAACACUUCACCAUCUAACAUUUCAAAGCACUACUUUUUCAGUCAGCUAACGCUUUAGUUUGAGCACCGGUCAUGACAAUCCAAUGUGAAAUUAAUAGAAAUCUUUUUUUUUUUCAUUUUGUGUAUUUUGUGAAGUUUAAAAAAAAAAAAAUUACUCCUAGAUAAAAAGUUUUAGCACUUUAUCAUGAUUUAUAUUCAAGUGUUGUAUCAGUCCGUUCAUCCAUCCAGUCAUCCAUCAGAUCCCACCAUCUUGGCAGCGUUCAUCGUGCUGUGCUGUGGUAGAUAGUGAUCAUGCAUUCAGCACAUUACUGACAAGAGAGGAGGCUCUUCUCUCACAUGACAAUGCUUUGGAUAAACAUGACUCUCUGCUAGUAUUGUGAAAAAUCAGUAAAUGCAUGCUACUCUCCUUCUCAGUCUCUUGUUUGUUUGGUUUUUUUGUUUUGUUUUUUUUUCCUUGUAUGCUUUCUGGAAAGUCAAUUAAUUCAGUAAUAAACAUUUUGAAACAUUG